GCCAUCCUGCAAUCCUGGGGCGAAGUCGAGUAGCCUAGCCAAUCAGCGUGCGGGCAGUUCUCUUUAGUUUUCAGUUGUGGGUUGUUUCCAGUUCGCGGGAGACAAAGGCGGGGCAAGGUUUGGGCGCGGCCGAUGAUUGGGCAAAAUAAGAACCUUUAAGCCUAUCAAAGAGCACCACGUGGGCGGGACUCCAGAAGCGGGUGCAGCCUCCCGCAGCCGGCCGGGAGUCCCCCAGACCCGCUAGGAUCUGCGACCGCCCGCUGGGGGCGGGUGGAGGCGGAGUUCGGCGCUGCAGCAUGCAGUCCGGACCGUGCGCGUUCUGGGCCAGGUGGGGCCCCGGCGCCGAGACCCAGGUCCCCCGGAGCCGGCGGGCUGCCUUCGAGCCGAGUCAGCGUCACUGCCGAAUCUAAGUGAGGGGGCAGAGGGAAGGGCGAAGGAAGGCGCCGGGGAGGGAGCUUCGCGGACGCGAGCUGGGGCCCGGCUCGCCAUGGGGGAGGUGGAGAUCUCGGCCCGGGCCUACGUGAAGAUGUGCCUGCACGCCGCCCGGUACCCGCACGCCGCCGUCAACGGGCUGUUGCUGGCGCCCGCGCCGCGGUCGGGAGAAUGUCUGUGUCUCACCGACUGUGUGCCCCUGUUCCACAGCCACCUGGCCCUGUCCGUCAUGCUGGAGGUCGCCCUCAACCAGGUGGAUGUGUGGGGCGCGCAGGCCGGUCUGGUAGUGGCUGGGUACUAUCAUGCCAAUGCAGCUCGGGACGACCAGAGUGCUGGGCCCCUGGCCUUGAAAAUCGCUGGGCGGAUUGCAGAAUUCUUCCCUGGAGCAGUCCUUAUUAUGUUGGAUAAUCAGAAACUGGUGCCUCAGCCUCAUGUGCCCCCCGUCAUCGUCCUGGAAAACCAUGGUCUCCGUUGGGUCCCCAAGGACAAGAACUUAGUGAUGUGGAGGGACUGGGAAGAGUCACGGCAGAUGGUGGGAGCUCUGCUGGAGGGCCGGGCCCACCAGCAUCUUGUGGACUUUGACUGCCACCUUGACGACAUCCGACAGGACUGGACCAACCAGCAGCUGAACACCCAAAUCACCCAAUGGGUUGGUCCCACCAAUGGAAAUACCUGAGCCAGGGCUGGGCGGGUGGGUGGGAGGGGAAUGGUUAGGAUCCAAUAAAGAGACUUGGGUUGAAGGACAAUGGUAUGACUAUUUAUUGUGCCUGGGAUGCAAGGGGAGGGAGAAACCUCAACAGGCUGAAGUUGGGGAAAGUCUGGAGUCCUCUGUAAAAGCUAGGAAGGUCUCUGCUGGACCCACUACAGAAUGAGAGGAGGCUCUCAAUAGAUCAUUC